CAACGGUCGACGUUAAAGAAGGCUACAUAGCUGCCCGCAGAUUCCUCCGCUCGAUCACGCACUCAUUCUCUCCUACCUUUCGUCCCUUCGCCACCAAGACGAAGACAAACUUUGUGCUCUCUCGUACGUGCCAGAGCAAAACAAUCGUCAUGGCGGAGGCACUGUGCGAUCAGCUCUUCUCCGACGUCGACGGCGAGUUGAUGCACCAUCCCUCCGACGCCGACGACCUCUUCGGCAUCCUCGAGGCGUGGGAGGACUGCGUCACUGGCGGUGGUAGUACUCCACGCGGCGCUGAAGUGUCGCGGACCGCUAAUGCCACAACGCCCAAGCCACCGUCGGCAGUGGGAAGCAUCCGGCGGCUCCAUGACCGGGACCAGGGAGACGCUACGGUGCCAGCGCCGAAGAGGCAGAGGUGCUCGCCAGCGGUGUCGUCAGAAGCAGCGGCGGCUACGAGUGAGGAUGGCGCGGCAAAUAAUAAGACUUCACACAUCACGGUGGAGCGCAACCGGAGGAAGCAGAUGAACGAGCACCUCGCCGUGCUGCGCUCCCUCAUGCCAUGCUUCUACGUCAAGCGAGGAGACCAGGCAUCCAUCAUUGGAGGUGUGGUGGACUACAUCAAGGAGCUGCAGCAAGUCCUGCAGUCGCUGGAGGCCAAGAAGCAGCGCAAGGCCUAUACCGAGCAGGUCCUCAGCCCGCGGCCGCCGCCGCCCAGCUGCAGCCCGCGGCCACCGCUAAGCCCUCGGCCGCCCCUGCCGCCGCUCAAGUCCACGCCGCCCAUCAGCCCGCGGCCUUCCGUCCUGAUCAGCCCCAGGACGCCGCCGACUCCAGGCAGCCCGUACAAGCUCCGCAGGCAGCCGCCUCCGCCGCUGCCGCUGCCCCUGUCACCGCCGGGCUCGGCGUACGCGUCCCCGGCGAGGACGCCGACGCGCGAGCCGAGCCCGGCGCCCUCGUACCUGCCGUCGCUGGACACGAUCGCCGCCGAGCUCUGCGCCUACGCUGCCCGUGGCACCAACAAGCAGCAGCAGGCGCCGGUGGCGCUUCCUGCGGCGGCCGGCGGCGGCGGCCUCCUCCCGGACGUGAAGGUGGAGUUCGCCGGCGCCAACCUGGUGGUGAAGACGGUAUCGCAUCGCGCGCCGGGACAGGCCGUGAAGAUCAUCGCCGCGCUCGAGGGCCGGUCUCUAGAUAUCCUCGACGCCAAGAUCAGCACUGUCGACGACACCGCAGUGAACUCCUUCACCAUCAAGAUUGGAAUCGAAUGCGAGCUCAGUGCUGAAGAGCUGGUGCAAGAGAUUCAGCAAGCCUUCUCGUAAAGCAUGUAUCACUAAUUUCAAUUUGUCGAAUUUUCGCUGUUGACUGUGAAGCUGCAAUAACGUAUAGCAGCAUAAGAGGCCAGAGAAUAGCCCAAGGGGUCAUCACUUGAGUGG